GUCUGUUUUCACCAUUUUUAAACAAUUUUAGAAUUGAAGGCAUGCCUUUGCUCGUACCAUGUAGGUCUUCGAUCCUUGCCUCGAGUCGGUCGUCUGCACAACUGCAUCCCAGAGAAGCUGCUAGCUCGGGUACGGGCGUAACGGAAGCGCAAACGUCUGCAGAUCUUGAGAAUCAUCUGCAACGAACCCGAUUGCCCAAACGGCAACUCGAACAAAUUCUUGCACUUGAUUCUGGCUGUCGAACAUCCUUUCGAAUGUCGAACAUGCCAUCACGGUCACAUCUUGAUGUAUGCAUAGAAGAGGGUCAUCUCCAUGACUGUUUUGCUACAGAUUUACAGAGGCAAACCGCUACACCUGAAAAUUCAGGUCUUCUUUCUUUUUCGACUGAAAGUUUGCAUUCUUCUACUCACGCUUCAUCAUGUUCUUCCUUCUAUCAUUCGUUCUCGCCUCCCUCAUCAAUACUCACUUCAUCUGCGCCAUUAUCAACAUUACCACCUUCAUUAUUAUCACCUGCACCGUCUAUUGAGUCUCCUCGAGCAUCUACAGAAUUGACUUUUCGUACUUCUUCGGAAACCUAUCUACCACCUGUCGCUCUUUCAUCCUCCUCACUACCACUACCUCCACCUUCCGAGUCACCCUCGCUGCUUACCGUUGACGUGUCUUCCACAACUUCUCAUUCGAUGUCCGCAUUUUCUUUACUUUGCACUGAUAAUGUACUUUCUCCAUCACCAUUUCCAUUUUGCAAAACUCAUUUAACAGGGGUCGAUGGACAAAGGUAAGUAUCUACAUUUGAUUUGGCCUCUUAGACAUCAAUGCGAUAGAGAUUGUCCAAACUGUAGUUUGUGAGCGAUCUGAUUCAUCAUGGUUAUUUGAGUUUAGCCUGCCCUGCUUCACCCUGCUUGCCAUCGUUUCGGACACAAGCUGACAAGCAGGUUGAGCAGGGCAAGCUCAACUCACCUUGUCAUGAUUCUCAAAAUUUUGGAACAACUUUCUCAUUUCUUGUGACGGUACUUCUGUUUAGUCCCUCUACACGCCACAUGUGGAUCCAGAUGCUUUCCU